AUGCCUCCUAGACUUCAGGUCCUGCCACUGGGGUGGCAGCAGAUCUUAUCGAAACCGGUCGUCUCGUCAGCGUCGCCACUGUCGUUCCUCCUGCCGCAGUUCCAGCAGCAGAGCCGCAAUGCACACAUUCUAGCGUCGCUGUCCGAUAACGCCGGAGCGUACAACAAGAGGAUCAGACGAGGUCGUGGUCCCGCUUCCGGCAAGGGUAAGACUUCUGGACGGGGUCAUAAGGGUCAGAAGCAGCACGGCAAGGUGCCUGCGGGAUUUAAUGGUGGUCAGACGCCGGAGAUCGUGGUGCACGGUGAGCGUGGCUGGAACAACGUUUUCGCUCUUGACCUCGCACCCGCCAACCUCGACCGCAUCCAGGACUGGAUCGACCAGGGCCGCAUUGACCCAACCCGCCCCAUCACCAUUCGCGAACUGGCGCAGUCGCGCUGCAUCCACCAGACCAAGGACGGCGUGAAGCUGCUCGCCCGCGGCACCACCGCCGACGCGAACGUGCUCAAGCAGCCCAUCCACAUCGUCGUCUCGCGCGCCUCGGCCUCGGCCAUCGCCGCCGUCGAGGCCGCCGGCGGCUCCGUCACAACCCGCUUCUAUACCCGCUCCGCCAUUGCCCGCAUCCUCAAGCGCGAGACGCACCCCUUCGUUUCCAACGCCUGGAGCCCCCAGAGUGGCAGCGACGCCCUCAACGAGGCCGCCGGCCUCGAGGAAUCAGCCCUCUCCGAGCCCGCCGUCAUGCGCGACUCUGGCUUCAAGUACCGUCUCCCCGACCCUACCAAGAGACGCGACAUCGAAUACUACCGUGACCCGGCCCACCGCGGCUACCUGAGCCACCUGCUCAAGCCCACCGAGAGCCCCAGUUUGUUCUUCCGCUCACCGGCGGAGCGCAAGUCCUCCGCUGGCGUCAAGAAGGAGAAGAUCUUGCCCGAGAACAGACUCUGGUAG